AUGUCGUCGAUCGUAGAAAUCAUCAACCACUACCAGACUAGCAUCAACAAAUCGCUUAAUGAUACGGCGAGGAUCGUCCACUGUAUCGGGAAGCUGUACAAGUUGCCCAUAUCCGUGCGGCACCUUCAGGACACCGGCAUCGGGCGCACGGUGAACAGCCUGCGCAAGUACGACGGUGAGGUGGGUAUUGCGGCCAAGGCGCUCGUGACCAAGUGGAAGACGAUGGUAGCGGCGGAAGAGUCGGACGAUGGCACGGCGGCAAAUGGUGGCGUUUCGCAGGAGGAUGGUGGCGGUGGCGGCCGAGACUCCGACGGGAGGCACAACGGCGGUGAUCGGUCACACCGGAGCGAUGGCAGCGAGGACGAAGAGGAUGACGACGGCGGUGACGAUAAAUCGAUAGCAGAGGACCAGGACGAGGACGAUGACGAAUGCAGCGAGCAUGGUGACGAUACGACCAACGUGACCCAAGGAGCAGCAGAUCGAGAUGAAUCCUACGAAGAGUCUCAGCUGCGCGUAGACGAGGAGUAUCGCGACGAAGCGGAAGAUGACAACAGCGGCAGUGACGAGGACGAAUCAGACGAUCAAAUGAAUCAACACCAAGCGCAUCAGCAUCACCACGAAGAUGAAGAGGAAGAAACCCACCAUCCCGUCAGGUCGGAGGAAAAAUCUAGUUUAAACCAAUGGAACGAGCAUCACAGCAGUAGCAAUAGUAGUGGAAGUAAGAAGCGGCAGUCGUCGAAUGGCGGAAGUAGACAUCAGCAUCACAGUUCCACGUCAAAGACAUCGUCCAGCGGCUCGGGGAGUGAGCACAAGCAUAGAGAAAGCGGUAACAGCAAGCCCGAAGAUGACUCACACCACCGUCAUUCGAAAUCUCACAAAUCCUCAUCCUCGCGGACAGAACAACACGGCACGGCGAGGAAAUCAUCCUCCCAGGGCGACGGCGAACGUCACAAGGAUAGGAGUUCCUCACACAAACACCAUAGUACGAACGAUCCUGGUUGCAGCAGUACCAGCAGCGGUAGUAAAAGUAGUAGCUCACGUAAAGAUUCUAGUCAUAAAGAAGACCGGCACCACCGGUCGAAGGAGGGGCGUAGUGAAAGUUCUAAGCGGCAUGCUCCGGAUGCGGGCGAUGCUAGCGACUCGGUGAUGGCACCGAAACGAUCUCGCAAGGAGCAUAGAUCCGAAUUUAGCGCUCCGGACGGUAGCACGGGGCAAGGCGACGGUGCUGCCCAUCUGCCUUCCACAUCACAUUCGAAAAAGAGCAAAUCUGAUGCUUCUUCCUCGUCCUCUUCCAAGCACCGGGAUCGUCGCCACGGAAAAUCGGAAUCGUCCGAAUCGGAAAACCGGUCAUCUGAGAAGAAAUCCAAGUCACGGCGAAAGGAAGUUUCAAACUCAGCGCCCGCCAACCAUCACGAGAAUGGUAACGAACAUUCGGAAGGCGAAGAUGCUGACGACUACUCCGGGGGUUCAAGCUUCGCCGACGCACUGGCUAUGAUUGGGAAACCGUCCGGAUCGAAGAAGAAAUCUUCCGGUGGCAGCAAAGAGAAGGUGAAGGUGUCCACCAGCAAAUCCUUACCAUCGACCAGCGGAUCGCAAGCGUCACACUCGAGGACAAAACAGGACCCUUCACCGUCCUCGUACGAGUCACCUGCAUCGAGCCGGCGAAAUGGUGCAAUUCCGUCGGCCUCGGAGCUGCUGUCGCAGAAGGUGAAGCUGGACCCGCUGCCAGAGGCGUCGGAAAUAGUGGACGCGUUGCCAAUGAUAUCGCCCAACUAUCGCCCGAUGCCCCUCAAUCAGACCGUGAUGGAGUGCGUGUUUAUGGACGGCCAGGGUGGCCGGGGACAGCGCCGACCGUUGACGGAAGAGGAAGCGCUCGGUCAAAGCAUGCAAUCGAAGAACAUGCGCACGAAGGUGUACUCCGGGCAGAAGACGAACGCGAAGGGCGUGAUACCGACGCUCUACGAGCUCUGUAUACGGUUGUUGCAGGACCACCUGGACGAGAUUGGCGCCACGGGUGGCAUUCCGUUCUACAUACUCAAACCGGUGCUUGAGAGAGCCAAUCCGAAGCAGUUGUUGCAUCUGGAGCACUUCAAUCCACACUUUGUCGAAGAUAGCGACGUGCUGUGGGAGCUGCACUGCAAGCGUACGUUCCGAUCGAAACAGCGAAAUGAAGACGAGCUGGAAACGUGGCGUGAAAUGUUUCUGCGCUGUUCAGAGGAACGAGACGCGAAGCUGAGAAGCCUGACGCAGAAUAUUAAGCUUUCACAGGAACAGGCAGCGGCUCCGAUACGUAAAACGCAGCUAGCGUACGUCGAUUCGGCCGUGAAACCACCUAGGAACGUCAUCAGCAAGCAAGUUAAAUACGGAACAGCCCGGGCACCUGUUGUUUCUCCCGCGGCACGUGUGGCCGCCCUCAAGGCAGGCAACGUGGCACAGGUUGGCGAUGCACGGUUAAGAGUGGCAGCAGGCGUGCGAGAUAAUGCUCAGGCUCAAGUUUUCCAACCAACGAAACCACGCAAGGCUCCCAUGAUGGCUAAGGUUCUGUCCUCGAUGAAGGGCUUCAAGACGAGCUUCCGUCGUUAGAGUUUGAAGUUCAUUGUGAUGCAGCGCGGUAUCAUCCAGCACGAACAGACAAAAGGAACUGAGCGGCAAAACUCACCUGAAAUUUGGUUUACAUUUUUUUCAUAUUCAAAAUAGGACUAGACACACUGUAGAUGGCUCUUUUAUCCCACACGAUCUUUGAUUGUUGUUUGAUUUCCGAUCAGAAUUGCAAUACUAUACGCUAAGAGAUUUUUAUUCUUACAAUUUUCUAAAGCUCGUUUGUUUCGUUUUGCGGUGAAAAAUUUUUAACGGUCCUAAUUUUUUUUCCUUUAUUGUGACGGACAAAAGCCGUAUGGACAUACCGGUCCUAAUUCAUGUGACGUUUUUAUGUUUCUCUCUCUCUCCUUUGUCCAUACGCCCGUGCAGAUAGACCAUACCUUCAUUCACGUUUUAAAAUUCAUUUUUACGUUGAUUGUGAAUCAUAUUUAGUAGACCUUUUUGUAUUCAACCGAUUCAUAAGCAUUGUAUGUACGCAAAAUAUAAAUUAUCCAAAAUUUUUAAUUUUUUGGUGUUUUUCGUUAACUGAGUCAGACAUCCGAAAUAUGUUCAGUUAAUGUUAAACAUUACUUGGUAGUCU